CCUAAUAGUCGGUAGGCUGUUAGGAAUUGUGGGAGUUGCAGUCCAAAACACCUGGAGGGCCCAAGCUUGCCCAAUGUGAGGCGAAAUUGUCUCUUUAAAAGGCGGAGCUGAGAGAGGCGGGGCUUAGAAGCGAACCUAUAUAAAGCUUCAAGGGCGCUCUUUCACUUUAAGGGAGACCGCCGGGGAAAGCGCCUUUUUCCGGCAACAGAGGCCUGCCCGUACGUCCUCGCUUUACGGCUGACAGCCAUUUUUUCCAGUUUUGAACUACUUCAUCAAACAUUGCUGCAUGAAUGGCAACUGUGGAUGACCUAAAGUUUCAAGAAUUUGAUGACGCAGCCAACUUGUUGGCAGCAAAUCCCGAUGCUGUCACAAUAAGCAUUGAUGAACCCGAGAAACCAAAGAAAAAACAUGGACAUUUGCAAGAUGCUGGAAGAGAGGAAGAUGAUGAGCUAUUGGGAACAGAUGAUUCAGAUAAAACUGAGUUGCUUGCUGGGCAGAAGAAAAGUGCCCCAUUCUGGACAUUUGAGUAUUACCAAACAUUUUUUGAUGUGGAUACAUACCAGGUCUUGGACAGAAUCAAAGGUUCUGUUUUUCCAGUUCCAGGAAAAAAUUUUGUGAGACUGUACAUUAGAAGUAACCCUGAUCUUUAUGGUCCAUUCUGGAUAUGUGCCACCCUGGUCUUUGUUAUUGCUAUCAGUGGCAAUCUUUCAAAAUUCUUCAUCCAUCUGGGACAACCAACUUUCCAUUAUGUGCCUGAGUUCCGUAAAGUGUCCAUAGCAGCAACAGCUAUAUAUGCUUAUGCCUGGCUAGUUCCUCUAGCUCUGUGGGGAUUCCUCAUGUGGAGAAAUAAUAAAGUUGUGAACAUUGUAUCCUACUCCUUUCUUGAGAUUGUAUGUGUUUAUGGCUAUUCCCUCUUCGUUUACAUUCCAACAGCGAUUUUAUGGAUUAUUCCACAGAAAGCUCUCAGAUGGGUUUUGGUGGUAUUUGCUCUGUGUCUUUCAGGAUCUGUUUUAGCGAUGACAUUUUGGCCUGCUGUUAGAGAUGACAACCGAAGAAUUGCAGUAGCUACUAUUGUGACAGUUGUACUUCUUCAUGCCUUGCUUGCUGUUGGCUGUUUGGCAUACUUUUUUGAUGCCCCUGAAUUGGAAGUCUUUACACCAGCUACUGUAUUUAAUGUAACACUAGGAGCAGCAAAGGCUCACUAACUAAGCUACGUCUAUCUUUAUCUGUGCAAUAUCACUUUAUUGGGGCUUUCUCAUGCUGAAUAAAAGAAAAGGAGCCAAAAGAUCUGAAGAAAGCAUCAUUGAAACAUUCUGAAUUUCAUAGUUUAUGACACUUGAAUGACCGGCCAGUACGGAACUUUAGUUGAAAUUCCACUCUUUUGAAGCAAAUGGUGAAUGAAAUAGAUUUCAAUUAAAUGAAGUCAGUUUCACCUGAAGAUUUUACUGUACCUUAUUUAAUUUUUUAAUUAAAAAAUCUGCAUAAUUUUGAGUAUUUUAGUGUUUGCCAUAGAAUAAAAUUAAUUCACAGUG